AUGGUGCUCUCGAGCCUCGCGUGGGCCCCGCCGGCCAGCUGCCGGCAGCAUGAGUCCCACGUGCCAAAGCCGCCGGCGCAGCUCCACCGCGGCGGCUGCUCUCCUAGGAGCUUGAGCUAUAAAUCUUCCCCCGUCGCCGGCGGCGGCGUAGUACUCGGACGCUGCCGCUGGAGGAUGGAGGUCGUCGCCACCGCCGCCGCCGCCGCUCCCACGUCCGCCCUUCCCUUUGCCGGCGAUGACGCCAGUGAGCUUCGCGCUGAGUUCCUCCGGGUGCUGCGCAGCCGUCGAAAGACGGCGGAAGGUCCCCCUCUUCCCCUGAAAACGUCAAGAUUCCCCUCCUUGCAGAUAUCUACGAGGAUCUCCCUGGCAACGAGAUCCGUGGGAGGAGUGAUCUGAGCCUCAUCGAUCGCCGGUAAUCUUGUCAACAAGGGAACUGUAGGUUGCUGAUCAAACGAGCUGUUCUUCCCAUUACUCCUCGAAAUGGAAAGAAUCCCCUGUUAGAAGAUGACCAGAAGAAUUAAACCGCAGAGCCAAUCAAAAGACAGCUGAUGUGUUAGCUUCCAUACAUGAUCAUAAACAGUUCAAGGAUAUAUAACACACGAUCAUAAACAAUAAAAAGACAGCUGAUGUGUUAGCGACGAGAGCGCCUCAUCGCUCUCAGAUCAUGAACAAGAACCUCCAACACGAUCACAAGGAUAUAAAACCAGGGGUGUGAGACCCAUCUCACGAUUUCUUCUAACAAUUCAAGGGCUGAUCUCGUUCCCACUGCUUCCACCUGGUCUAACUUCCGGAAGUCCGACCUGUUCUUGAUUUUCUUCGCUAUAAAAUGUUGCCAUUUUUGGCAUUUUUCUGCAAGGUCGUGGGAUCCUUCGAGCUUGAGCUGCUCAUCAAGGUGCCUCCAUGUGUGAUUAAUUUGCGUGUGGAUCAUUUCUAGGGGAUCUUGUGGUGAUGAAGGGGGAGCCGGUCGCGGAGCCCAUGUAUCAGGGGGGGCCACCUACCCGCGAGGUCAAUUCUCUCACCAUCUUUCCCUUUUGUGUUGUUGCCCCAUCGUGUGUUCAACCUCUGUUAGUAAACGGUUCCAGGCUAUGGAGUCUUGCCCGAAGGAGGAGAUGGAGGAUUUUCAGGACAAGCUGAAAGAAGAAAACCUCAUUUUGAUCACUGAGGUAUGAUUAUGCAUCUCUCUCUCUCUCUCGCUCUCUCUCUCUCCCCCUCUCCUCGUUGGGCAUACGCAAGCUACCAUCUUGCCGAGGGAGGUUCUCACUUAAAUGGGGAGAUGUGAGCCCAUUUUGACCUGAGCUCAUGGGUCUGAAACAUAGGCUGGCUGAGCUCAUGGGGUCAGAUUUUCCUUGCGUUGACCAGAGCCUGUCCAGGGCUUUGCUUGGUUGGACACGAGUCGGAAAAAAUCUGAGUUUGACCAGGUAUCCUGCCUGAUAUCGCAGUGAAUGCUGCCAUAUGGAUAGCCAGAACUGGAGCUCAUUAAGAUCUGACAGCACAGGAAUGGUAAAAAGUUCAUUUCAGACUUUAAGUCAUCCGAUCAAUGAUUCCAGUAAAGAUAUGGCGAAAGUCAAUCGGGUAUCCGCAGCCCAAUCCAAAGUCAACGUUUUGGGCUGGAGUCAAAUAGCUUUAGCCCCGAUCAUAUAUUUCUGGAACUUGGAGUGCAAUGAAGCUACUGACUCAUCUUCAACUCAGCUGAUCUAGUAAGAGAUCUUGCAAGUUUUUAUCUUCUCAAGUCAAACACAGAUUCAACGAUCAUUCCAACCAAGGCCUCGCUCAUCAGCAGUCUUCAUUGCGCUUCCAAGGUCAAAGUAAUAUCCACAGGAAGAGAAAGAGAGAGAUCAUGAAAACGAACUGGGGAUAGAAACCAGACCCAGAGAAGAAGAAGCAGUGACAGUUCAAACGAGAAUGGGGGGAUGCUAUCAAACACCUUCUGGGCCACGCUGCUACUCUUCUGGACCCUUCUGGUUUUUCGCAGUUUGGUUCUAGACUUUGCAAUAUUUCACAGGAUCUAUGAGCAAUUUUUCUGUGAAAAGCAGAGUGGGUCUUGAUGAACAGGACAAGAUCGCAGCGGAGAAAUCCACCAAGGCUGCUCAAGAAUGGAAAGAGUGAGUGAGUGAAUGAGAGAGAGAGAGAGAGAGAGAGAGGGGGAAAGAGAGAGAGAGAGGGGGAAAGAGAGAGAGAGAGAGGGGGAGAGAGAGAGAGAGAGAGAGAGAGAGAGAGAGAAAGAGAGAGAGGGAGAGAGAGGGGGAAAGAGAGAGAGAGAGAGGGAGAGAGAGAGAGGGAAAGAGAGAGAGAGAUUUGGAAUGGGCUUCAUUGACUCUGCCCGGAGAAAGGUGCUCAAGAUGGUAAUUUAUCGAUGGGGCAUGUUCUUGUGGUUGCUUCAUUUGUAGCGUCAUCUUCUGCAGGAAGGGGAGCAGGGGCGCUUGCCAGUGUUGAUUCUGAGCCUGAAGGAGAGCGAGGAGAAGAAGAGACCAGCUAUCGUCUUUCUGCACAGUUCCUACAAGACCAAGGAGUGGGUCCGACCUCUACUCGAGGUGGAACCACCACUAUCUCUCUCUUUUUUUAAUUACUACUAUUAUUUAUUAUGACGUUUGAUUAUUUCUUCUUCACCCAUUGAAUUUUGUUCCAGGCAUACGCAUCUAGGGGAUAUAUAGCCGUUGCCAUUGAUGCUCGCUACCAUGGUCAACGUGCCAGCAGUGUCACCACAUACAUCGAUGUACAGACCCACCAUCUAUAGCUAUUUUAGGAACGUUAUAAAAAAAAAAUGAGAGUGCAAUCAUAUCCUCUCUCCCUCUUUUUUUAUUUUUUUCUUAUUUUUUUGGCCAGCACUUGAUCCGUUGACUUUCGAUUCUGGAUGCAGGCUCUGAUCUCUGCAUGGAAAAAUGGUGACACCAUGCCUUUCCUAUUUGAUACGGUAUAUGGGUUGCCACUGUUCAUCAGCAGUAUGCUGAUGCAAUUUCCUUAAAUGGAAAAUUCCAAGCUCUGUCGGGUUGACUUGGAACUCUAGGUGAUAGAACUCGGUUUGACUUGCAGGUGUGGGACCUGAUAAAGCUGGGGGAUUAUCUUUCUCAGAGGGAGGACGUCGAUCCUGCUCGAAUCGGAAUUACUGGGGAGUCACUUGGAGGUGAAUCGAGCUCGGAUUUUCUCCAGAAAAAAAAAAAAAACCAUAUAUUUUUUAUGUGCCCGCAGCCAUUUCCUUAUUAGGACAUUAAUGUGUAUAAAUGUCGCUCACUUGAUGUAGGUAUGCAUGCAUGGCUUGCUGCUGCGGCUGACACCCGAUAUUCCGUAGUUGUCCCCAUAAUUGGUGUUCAGGUUCUGCAUUAUUCCUCAUCUUCUCUAUUUUUUAAUUUUUAAUUUUAAUCUUUUGUUUUUUUAAUUAAAAUUAUUUCUUGAAAAUCAUCGUUCAUCCUCUUCUUUGCUGCGAUAUAUAUAUAUAUAUAUAUAUAUAUAUAUAGAGAGAGAGAGAGAGAGAUGGGUCUCAUUCUGCAUUGAUGAUCUUAGGGUUUUGGAUGGGCGGUGGAUAAUGACAGAUGGCAGGCUCGAGCCAAUAGUAUCAGGUCCCUCUUCGAAGGUACCCACAUAAAUUUUCUGUUCUACCAACAUUAUGCACCAAAGUUUUUAUCAACAUAAAUCUGUGGAUUUUAAUGAUUAUUAUUAUUGUUAUUAUUAUUUUUUCCCUCCUCCUCCGAGAAACAGAAGCGCGCAAGGACAUCGGCAAGAGUGAGAUCGACAAGGAAGUGGUGCAGAAGGUCAGGCCCGCCCCAGGCCAGAGUGCAUCCGUUCUUCUUGGCCUAAAAGGGGCCACGAAGUCAACUAGGGUUCUAAAUAACAAGUCAACUCUAAUGAAUUUCUGCUGCCUGAACCAGGUCUGGGACAGGAUCGCUCCUGGUCUGACCUCCAGAUUCGACUCCGCUCAUACGAUUCCGGCCAUCGCCCCACGCCCUCUGCUCAUCAUCAACGGUGAGAUCUUCCCCUCCAAGAUCACCAAUUCCGAAAAAGCAGCAUUGAUCUUUAUUCUCCCGGAUGACGAAAGUUCCUCGUCCAUUCAUGCAUAUAAUCACCCACUUAUUUCUAGAAUUAGCAAUAUAAAUCGUCAUAAUCAUCUUGAUCAUGCAUUUUUUUCUAUAAAAAGCAAGCAGAUUACUGGGCUUUGUGGGUUAGGGUUCGUGGGCCAUUCAACUCAAGAUGGUGAUGAUGCGAUCAGAGAUUUUUUUUUGGUUUUUUUUUUAUGUAAUAAUGAAUAGGUGGCAUCUAAGUGCUUUCACUAAAUGCAGGUGCUGAGGAUCCUCGUUGCCCGCUUGCAGGUCUGAGUGAUGUGGUUUCCAGAGCAACGGAGGCAUACGAGAGAGCUGAUCUGCUAGAGAAUUUCAAGGUGAGGACAACUCCACUAGAUGCGUUUUUGCGCCGUGGACGGUUCCAGAAAAAAAAUAGCUUCUUGCAUUAAAAAAAAGAAUAAAUCCGGCAUGAAGAGAGAGAGAGAGAGAGAGAGAGAGAGAGAGAAUGGGCCAUCUACCAUGCAGAAUUCCACCCCCGCUGCUCACAUUUUGUUCAAUUGGGGAUACCAUGGAUCGGAAUAUGGUUCAGAAAAAUGAUGCAAAAAUAAUCGAAAUGCAAGAUUUAGCAAACUCCAGACACGUGAAAAAUAACAAAUAAUGGAGAAAUAUAGUAGUUGAGGAUGAUCCGAGGUGGAUGAAUCAUUGAGCCAUGAUUUUUUCUGGGAUUUUUAGAGCCGUUGGAUCAAGUAAUAUGAAGAAAGAGCACUUAUAAUCAAUCAGAUACCUACAUUUUUUUAUAUUCUUAUAUUUUAUCCCGAUUCCUGAAGAACUCUCAUUCGGUUCCUCUUACCUCCACAGCUCAUUGCAGAGUAUGAAAUCGGGCAUCAGAUGACACCGGACAUGGUGAAGGCGGCUAGUGACUGGUUUGACCAGUUCCUGAAGUGA